AUGCAGCAGCAACAGCAGCAACAGAAGCUGCAGCAGCUGGAGCAGCAACGGCAGCAAGAGCAGGAGCAGCAGCAGCAGCAGCAGCUGGAGCAGCAACGGCAGCAACAGCAGGAGCAGCAGCUGCAGCAGCAGCAGCAGCAACAGCAGCAGCCGCAGCAGCAACGGCAACAACAGCAGCAGCAGCAACAACAGAAGCAACUGCAGCAAAAGCAGCGAAAACAAUCGCAGCAGCAGCUGCUGCUGCUCAUGCAGUAG